AGUUGUAGUUAAUUGCAAAGAAAACACCACAAACACUGCUAGGAUAAUACUGGCCCCACUUGUCCGGCUAAGCUGUAGGCAGUGAAUCGGGCAUUUUUAGAAUGUUUACGGUUGUUCGUCUGACCGGUCGGCAAUGAUCAUCGCCAGAGCACUUUUAUGUGCCAGAGAUGUAAAUCUUUCUGCAUCCUUCCUGCAUGGGCCUACCAAUCCAUGUGUUGCAAUGCAUCUACGUUCUGUGCUAUUGCAUUACACACUGGAUGCGGAAGUGGAGCGAUCCGAAUUCGAAAGUACAUGUAGGCCUAUGUUUGAGCUCUGUAAGCCGAGAUAAAUAAUCACGGUCCAAGUUCAAUGGUCACGUCGGAGCUUGUUACAGCUCACAGUCCAAGAACGCCAACGAAGCGCAUGACAAUCACAGUCUAUAGCCAUGAACGGGUUUGUUGUGGUCGGCGUAGACAAUUGCAAACAGAGGUUUCCGCCCACUGCGUAUGCAAAGACCAGCUGCAGUGUUUGGUGGCAGAUCUGUCGGACGAGUAGCGAGUAUGGACGACUUCGACGCUGACGAACGAGCCCCACUGACCGGCUCAAAGACCUUCAUCGAUGAGCCCAGCGAGGAAGCGGCACCAACGGCCAAGCCCACGCAGCAGCCAGAGAUAGGUCAGGAGCCGGAGGGACCAGCGAAGCACAGGCCCCCGAUUCAAGGUUCAGCUCAGCAGCAGGAUGGAUUGCCAGGAGAACGACCUCCACAACAAGACGCGCACACACCCGGUGAAGUCGAUCAGCGGCCCCCUGCGUCCGAUAUGCCGCAUGACAUGGCCGAAGUAGGGGAGCUGCAGCCUCAGGUCCUCGAAGCAUCCAUGCCCAGACCGCGGGCAAACCCGCCGGAAGUUUCCCCCCAACAUCCAUCCACCUCCUACCCGCCGGAACAGGGCCCUCAGAGUCAAAAUGCCCUAGACAGGCCGCCCGUCUUUCCAUCCGCUCAAGGGGCACCGAUGACCGGAGGCAAUACCCGACUUCCUGGUGCUCAACCACUCCCUCAAGGAGUUCAUCAGGAUACCUCAACUCAAGGGCGCCCUCAACAUGCAGCCCCCGUCUUGAACCAACCCCAGCUUGUUCCACGUACAACUGCCGGCCAUCAAUUUCAGCAACAGCAACAACCGUAUCAACAGAUGCAGCAGAAUUAUCAACUACAUGAGCAGCAGCAUCAACAUCAGGUUCAACAUCAUCAUCCACCAGCUACUCAACAUCUACCCCCUCCGCAUCCGCAGCCCAACCUACCACACCCACCAACAUCCCAACCGUACUCCCAGCAGCAGCCAGGGCAGCCCGGGCAGCCACACCAGCAACAGCAGCAGUACUACGACCAGCAACAGCUACAGCGGCAGCAGCACCAGCGCCAGCAGCAACAUCCCAACCAGCAGGCGCUUCACUUCCCAGCCCAGAGUCCGCCCCAGCGCACGGUCAAGGUGACCCAACCCCAAUAUCAGCCGCUCCUCACCACCUGUCCGCAGUGCCACUCUGGUGUCAUGCACAAGCAGUUCAGUCCGCUCGGUAUCCUUCUGGGUAUUUUCUGCUUCCCCUGCGGUCUCCUAUGCUGUUUGCUUAUGAGAGAGAACAAGUGUUCCAGUUGCGGGAUGACGAUCUAGUUUAAAAGGUAGAGUUGACCAUUAGCAGCCAUCCGAAAAACCUGACCAAAAUCGUUCUUCGGUCUAAAAGAUCGGCAGCAAAAUCCCUCUGCAGUUACCCCGUCUGUCACACUGUGUCAUUUUGAAACAUACAUUUUCAAACAUAUUGGGAAUUGGAAUGAACCGUAUAUGCCUUAUUAAACCGAGGCACGCCCACAUUCUGCUAAAUUGUAAACACCAAACUGGUCAAAGACAUAGGCCCGAAUUUGUUGUUGGGCAGUCCUAAUGCAAACACGAUUCAGCCACUUGUGAAUCGAGUCACGAGACCCGUAAAUAAUACCCGCUCUCUCGAGUGUGAUCACAGAGCAGAGUGUUAUAAGAUUUGACCAAUUUUUAUCGCUUGUGUUUAUCUUUUUAAAUAAAUCAAUCAUACAGAAUGAGUAGGUUUACUUUCGUCGGCAUCGGGGCACGAUAUGCAUCGGUAUGUAUGCAUAUAUAAAUACCCAUGUUGAGUGUACACACAUGGUGUGGGUAUGAAUUGUCAAGAAACGUUCAUGAGUCAGUUCUUGUCUAUACUUGAUUUUAUCUAUGCCUCUCUGUCCCCAGACAAUAGAUCUAACCAGAACAAUCACGAAUAUAAAAAUGGCCAAAGACUUCAGCUUGUGUUAUUCAAUUCAAAAUUAAUAACAUUUGAAUUUUGUUUUGUCCUAAUGCUAACCUUAGUGAACUCUUUCCCCGUGACUGGGCAAAAUUAUUGCAAAAUGAUCAUCAAUGGUGUGAGUCAACGUUGUAAAAUGAGGCGGGUUUUCAUUUCCAAUUUCAAACAUAAAGAGAAGCGCCUAAUAGUGCAAUUAUCCAUAUAGGACCCAUAUUUAAAUACAGUGUUGAUGCUCCCACUAUUUUCAGUUAUCAAAUUGGAAAAGUCAAAUUUUACUCUUGGAACCAGUUUUAGAAAAUUGGUAAAACAGGUCUGCUGCUCACAGAUGUAUAACAUACUCCAGCAUAGUUGACUCAACGUUGUACAUAGAGUGUAUUUCACACAAAACCAUCAGCAUCACGUGUGAUCGUUUGUGAACGAAAUGCAACAUUUUGUCGACCUUUGUUGACAUGUUGAGUGAGAUGCCGCCAGUAGAGAUCACACUGCAGUAUGCUGAUGAAAGCUCAACUGGUAUAGUUGAGACGGAGACAGCCCCCUUGCUUUGUGUUGGUCAUUGUCUCAUUGGAAUCUGAGGAAUUAAUUUCAGACAUCUGGGGGAUGUGGUAGGUAACAAUAGUCUAGAGUGUGUUUAUAUAGCGAUUGGACAUGUGGGGGGGGUUGCCCCUUGGUCGCAAUUAUUGCUGGAUAUAGCCCAGACGGAAUCUCGUUUUUGUUCUACUGAAUCCGUAAACCUUUCACCAUUUUCUCUAGUCAUGAAAGAUGCUCAGCCUUGACGUCGGGCGAUAUUCAUAAUAAAAAAGAAAAAACACACAAAAACUCACGUAAUUGUGUGGAGUGCGAAACAGAGUUUUCAGUAUUAAUGCGCACUGUAAUUUAACCUUCUUAAUGAUAUGUUUAAAAGAAAGCAUGCUAAAAUAUAUCAUAACCGCCAAGCACGGCCUAGGUGCAAAGUCUACAAACGCAGUUCAGUUUUCUAUGCAUGGUGUUUUGAAUAAAAAGAGAUGUAUAAAAUAGCAAUAGAUAUUCUAAAAAUACAAAAUAAUUUUGUGUCGUUAGUAAUGAUCAAUAACUUUUCUAACUGAUUUAUUGUGUAUUAAUUGUUUAAUAAACAUAACAAUAAGUAAGUGUUUAUUAUGUGAAACGAAUGAAACGUGCAUAUAAGUAUCAAAACAGCCAAACAUGUAUGUAAGCGAGAAAAGCAGACAAUUGCAAUAUCCGUGUUUAACAAAAUGUUACUACGUCGAAAACAUCGUCGAAAAAGUUGUCGCAGUACUAAACAUCAUUUUGAGCAACGAUACAAGUAUCUUACGCCCACAAGCUGCGGUAUGGUGCUAGUUUCCUUUUAGGAAUGAAGUAGCUUAAAAUGAAUACUCAAAUAGAAACACUCUGUGGCAGAUAGAAGGAAUAGAUUUUGUCUGAAAUUCGCCCAAUCAAUUGUCAAACCUUGACAAGUACCUUUUAAUAACGUAGCAUCUAUCACACUAAAAAAAUCCAAACCCAUUUGAGUAAGUUAUGAGAGGAACACAGUGGAACGAAACUACUCCAAUUUCAUCGCUUUUCAGGCUCUUGAAUAAUGGAUAACCCGAUCGGUAUUGUGGCACUGUUCAUCAUUAUAUCGGUGCAUGAGUGGGACCAAACUUUCAGCAUUUUUGUAUCUGAGUGUGCCUUACUAGUUUUGACGACUUUAUGUCGUUUAAUGUAUUUCUUUUGAAAUCUAUUCUCAUAAUGUGAUUUGUUUGUAAGAUCAUGUCCCAUUCAACCUCGUUAGCUGCGUUGAUGAAUUUGAUAAAACACUACAGUAAUGAAUGCUAACCGGCAGUAGGUGCGUUUUAUUGAAGAGACCACCACCAAACAAAUUUCACCUUAAACAUUUAGUGCAUAAAUACAAUUUGAAUUCUCGAAGAAGUGUGUUUUUUAAUACACAACUAUCUGGGGUUACACCAUACUUUCCUAUUGGAAAAUGGUUUUAUUGUUGGUCUUGAGAGGAGACUAGUAUUCACGCCUCGUGGAAGCUUCUCCAAAGUGCUGUAAUGUUGGACUUAACUAACCUUUGAAAAAUAUGCCCAAGAGCCACGAUUAUAGCCUUUAUUCAAGUCAAAUCUCCUCACCAUGCUAUGUAAAAAAAAUCGCCGGGGGAGGGGUGCUUGAAACAAAGACACAUGGUGUAAAGUCUACAUUUGGGCACACUUGAAUUUGUGUGACAGAAUACCACCCCCCCCAAAAAAAAGAAAGAAAAAAGGACAGGCUCUUUUGUCAUACAAUAGAUCUUAUAUUCAAAGCAUCCACAUCAUGCAUUGCUUGAUUUCAAGGAGAAAUAUUUUUAAAGUACAUGAAAUCGCAGAUGCAUCAAAGAAUGACGCAUAUUUUUAUAUCGUGCAUAAUGUAUCAUGGAAUAGUACUCCAAACAUUUUUGCUCAAAAUUUUGAGUAGUAAUAUUAACUAGGUAAUAUUGCGUAACAUUUUGCAAAUAAACGAUUCUGAAUACAGGAAGAAAUUGGGCAUAAUGCGAUUCGUUCGUUUAUAUUUUUUCCCUAUUUACAAAAAUUGAGUAUCAUAGUGACAAAGAUUCAAAAUAGUUUUAGUUUCUUUGUUGGAUUUUCUUACUGAUGUUAUUUGCUUUUUUUUAUCCUGUACAUCUCAAUAAAUAAUCAAAAUAUACUCGGGAGAAAAUCAUUAGCACGUGUAUGCCGUGCAAUGCCUGAGUUGUUAAACCUCGUCUUCAACGGACCUUCCUCCCUGACGCAGGCAGUAGAACCGACUGCUUAGGAAAGCUUAGGAAGGUACUACUUGAGGCAACGUCAAUGUCAUUUUCUCUCAGCUUCUGCACUUUGUUUCAAAUGUAGUCAAAGAAACGUUACUACUUUUAUUCAGAGAAUUCAAUAUAGCAUUUUGUUUUCAGUGAAUACUCAGUGUAGUUUAACUUUGGACAGAAUUCUCCCCCCAUAAAUUGCCAGUAACUCCAUAAUUCAAGAAACUAUUUUAGUCCACAUAUGUGUUGUGGUCUUUGGAAAGUUAAUGGUUAAAUAUCAACAAAACUACGAGACUCUAUCUUUCAAUCUGAUAGACUUGUAAGUGUAUAUGUCUUAUUUCACCGAUUAUUUCGUUUUCAAGUCACGCUUCUCAUGUAGUCCUUAUGUCAUUCCAAAUGUAGGUUUCAUUGUCACUUGUUAUUGGACUGAAAAUAACAACAUAGGGAAACCUCA